AUGUCGUCGACACGCUUGGCUUCCACUCCGUAUCACGAACCUGAGAUCGCAAUCAUUCUCAUCCAAUCGUCUUUUCUCCUGCUGCUCAAUGUCAUCAAUUUCUUGCUAGACAAGGCUGUCUACUGCGGCCUUUUGGGGCAGGUCUUCAUUGGCGUUGCAUGGGGUACGCCGGGCGCCAACUGGCUAGGCACACAUGCCGAGCAGAUCAUUGUUCAGUUCGGAUACCUCGGGCUAUUGCUGCUAGUCUAUGAAGGCGGUCUGUCCACUUCACUGCCCGCUCUCAAGGCCAGCAUCUCUCUGUCCCUUGGUGUGGCGGCAACAGGAAUCUGCCUGCCCAUUGGUCUCUCCUUCAUUCUUCAAUACAUCUUUGAUGCCACGCCGUUGCAAUGCUUUGCUGCUGGCGCUGCGCUAUGCUCGACCAGUCUGGGGACUACCUUUACUGUGCUGAGCACGAGCGGCUUGGUACAGUCCAGGCUCGGUGUGGUUCUGUCAAGUGCUGCGAUGAUGGAUGAUGUGAUUGGGCUCGUCAUGGUCCAAAUCAUAUCCAACCUCGGCCAGCACAGCUCUUCUUUCGACGCAAUCGUUGUUGUACGGCCGCUGCUGGUCUCACUCGGAUUUGCCGUGGUCGCGCCUGUCAUCUGCAUUCUUGGUGCUUUGCCAGCAACGAAAUGGCUCAACGCGCGUCGAGAAAAAUGCCCACGUGGGUAUCUAAACAGAUGGCUGCUGUCCCGCCAUGCGCCAUUCAUACUUCACACCCUGGUCCUACUGGGCUAUGUUACUGCUGCCAGCUAUGCUGGCACAUCCAAUCUGUUCACAGCGUACAUAGCCGGGGCAUCAAUUAGUUGGUGGGAUACGCAAGUCCCUCAUGCCCAGUUCCCAGACGAGCAAGCAUCCAACAAUACUCCAAGCGCUGCAGCAGACCCAAUCAGUACAGAUGGCUCACCAGUCGAUGUGUCUGGUCUUGCCACAUACGAAAGUAUUUAUUCUGUAGCAGUGAACCGAGUGCUAAGACCGUUUUUCUUCGCUUCCAUCGGCUUUUCAAUACCAAUCACCGAGAUGUUUGCAGGAGAGAUCGUCUGGAAAGGACUGGUCUACACUGUAUUGAUGAUGCUUGGGAAGCUCCUCUGUGGUGUCUGGCUCCUCCGGCUACCCGAGAAGCUGAAACGCCUGAAGGGAACCCCUUUCAAAAGGGAUGGCAAGGAAUUGUCUGUGGAAAAACGCAAAACACCAGCGAAAGCUGUCGCAGAGUCUGACACCUCAGCGACCGCUGCUACAGGCCGAGCCUCUCAUGCAAGUGGUCACGACGGCUCGAAUACUAGCCAAGCACUGUCGCGCUCCAACAAGAUUAAACGAACGAACAAAAAUGCAGCGCCAUCGGGUGUCAAACCGCGGUCGAUCUAUCCAGCCUCCAUCCUAGGCUGCGCCAUGAUGGCGCGCGGGGAGAUUGGCUUUUUGAUCUCGUCUAUUGCCGAGAGCGAAGGUAUAUUUACAAAUGGGUCUGACACGGGCUCCAACUCGAAAUUAUUUCUGUGCGUUACCUGGGCCAUUGUGCUUUGUACUAUUAUAGGCCCAUUGUCUGUCGGUUUGCUUGUUCAGAGAAUCAAGAAGCUACAAAGGCAUGUGGAGAAGGCCGGUGGUCAGGUACACGGCGGUGUCCUUGGUGCUUGGGGCAUCUAA